AAAAAAAAACUCCUACUUUGACUUUAAAACUAGCCCUGUAUCAUCUCAUCGAACAAAUAUCCUUGAGUUGAUAAUUAGCCGGUGUGAUAGGACCUAAGUUACGAGCCGAAGAGCAGCAAAAAUGGCGGAGGAGAAAUACAAUCGGAAGAAUCCGGCGGUGAAGAGGAUUUUGCAGGAACUUAAAGAGAUGCAAGCUAAUCCUUCCGAUGAUUUCAUGAGCCUGCCCCUUGAGGAGAACAUUUUUGAGUGGCAAUUUGCUAUUAGGGGUCCAUGUGAUUCAGAGUUUGAGGGAGGAAUCUAUCAUGGACGUAUCCAAUUGCCUGCUGAAUAUCCUUUCAAGCCACCUUCAUUUAUGCUGUUGACACCCAAUGGACGUUUUGAAGUCCAAACAAAGAUUUGCUUGAGCAUUUCGAAUCACCACCCUGAGCAUUGGCAGCCAUCGUGGAGUGUCCGGACUGCAUUGGUAGCAUUAAUUGCAUUCAUGCCAACAAGUCCCAAUGGUGCUCUGGGGUCAUUGGACUACACGAAGGAGGAAAGGCGUGCUCUUGCAAUUAAAUCUCGUGAAGCUGCUCCGACAUUUGGGACUUCUGAGCGCCAAAAGUUGAUUGAUGAGAUCCAUGAGUACAUGCUAAGCAAAGCUGCUCCAGUUCCUCAAGUUUGCACGGCUCAGGCUUCCGAAGAUCAGACUUCUAAAGGAGAGGAUGAAGUUGAAGAGAAUUCUGCUAUUGCUGUUGCAGAUAAUACACAAGAAGUGCUUCAAGAUCCAGCUUCAGAUGGAAGGGUUGUUGAGGAACAACAUGAAGCCCCACAAAAUGCAAACUCUGUACAGAUGUCACAACCACACCCUAUGCACUCUCGUCAGCAGCAACUCUUGCAUAGACCAGAAGUGAGAGUCCCUAGACAGGCUGAUGAUCGUCUGUUCACGUGGGCUGCUGUAGGGCUUACUGUUGCCAUUGUAGUUCUACUUUUGAAGAAGUUUAUGAAAGCCCAUGGACACAGUGCUUUCUUCACAGAUGAAUCGUAAAGCUGCACGAGUUCGGUUCCAGAUGAAUCAUUCUGUAGCAAUGGGCAACGACAGCAAACAGUUUAUAUCAAUAUAUUAUCCAUCAAAGCAAAGAUUGGUGGAUAUUGGGAAUAACAUUAAUGCGUAAAAUAAUGAUAUUUGAAAGCUUUUUUUUUUUUGGCUUGCUAUCACUACUUGAGGUCUGUAUGGCGGAGGGAUCUCUCUACUUAUAUAAAGCAGAAGAUGAUGUAUAGAAAGAAGUUCAAUUUCCCGUGGGAUUUUUAGUAUUUAUGCUCAAAGGAGUUUUGGAUGCCUCCGUACAGUUCGCUAUUUCUGGUUGUCAUCACAAAACUCCUAUAUAUGUACUUGAUAGGUGUAACGUGUAUUCUAGUUUCCGUAGCA